GUUUUCACACUCUCUGUGUGACCUAAGCUCCAAAGCUCCUCCACCUUUGUCAUAGUGAAGAAGAACAAGUAGCUACGACCUCCUCUACUCUUCUCCAUCCUCGGUUGCAUGGCCUGUGAAUGUAAGCAGUUACUUUGUCUGGAUUUGUAGACGGCCAUAGAGUCAUACGCUUUCUCUAUCUCGAUCAUGGCUUGUUGCCUGACUCUGCCUACUCCUUUUUUGCAACCCCUGUGCUGCAAUAAAUUUUCGUACCUGAGCAAGCCCUGCGUUUUGUUGCCAAAGCUUGGCUACAGACAACUGAAUCAGAACCAGUUUCGGCGAUUGUCUUCGAUUGAUGGAAAUAAUACUGGUAGUCAUUAUUCUGAUCCUGAACCUGAAGAUUCAAGGAGGAAUAGUGAUAGUGGUCAGAGAGGUUCUGCCACAUCCAAUGAUACGUUGGCGAAACUGAGGAGAUAUGGUAUUUCUGGAUUGUUGUCGUACGGGUUAUUGAAUACUGUCUAUUAUCUUACGACAUUUCUCAUCGUGUGGUUUUAUGUUGCUCCUGCACCUGGAAAGAUGGGCUACCUCGCAGCUGCUCAGCGAUUUCUUAAAAUAAUGGCCAUGGUGUGGGCUGGUAGCCAGGUUACUAAGCUUAUUCGAGCUGGAGGAGCCCUUGCUCUUGCUCCUUUCGUGGACAAGGGAUUAUCCUGGUUCACCGUCAAGUUCCAUUUUAGGUCUCAGGGAAAAGCUUUUGCAGCAAUUGUUGGAGCUUGCUUUGGACUGUCUUUGGUUUUGUUCUUUGCUGUAACAUUGCUUUCGGCGUAAGCUAUUUCUGGUCUGUUCUCAAGGGGUCGUAUGGAAGUCAUUGUCUUAUGAUAUUUGGCAGCUGUAGUCUUAACUGAUCCAUCAUUUUGUUGUCACUUCCUCCAUCAGCUUCUUGUAUUGCAUUUGCUGCAUGUUGCAGCAUUGCUAUAAUUCAAGUACUGUUACUCCUGUCAAAAAAUGAUUGACGUUCCAGCUUGAUAGUUUCUUUCUCAUUAUUAUGCACACCUUCAAUUUUAUUUGCUGAAAGUUAGUAGACAUGCACAUAGAUGUGAUUUCGCUUCUUUCUUAAAUUUAGUAUAGUUACUAUUCAGCUUGCAACUGUUGAUGAACAAAUUUGAGAAAGAACGUUCAUGACUGUUAGAAAAUGUAGCAUCUAUUAGCAACUGACAAGUCAACAGGGCCAUUGCUUUUGGCAAUUUCUCUCAACAGGGCUCUAAUUCUGAAACCCAUCUAUCAAACUAAUUUCACAAGUCUUUUUUGGUUUCUAUCUUAUUGAUUUAUAAGCUAUGAUGCUGGUAAUUUGGGAAAGUA